CAAGGGCUUCCCAGGGCGCGUGCGCGUGCAGGGAGCCUCUCGGGCCACCGACUGUUCUUCGGGCCCCACCCCCACCCCCACCCUUAUUUCUUACCCCACCCCCACUUUCUCUUCUUCCUCCUCCUCCCUCCAGCCCUUGGCUGCAAACUUCGGCUCCCCGCCGCUCUGGCCCUCGCGACAGACCAACGCCCUGGGCACGAUGGCCUCUCGGGCUCCCGGCCUGGCUCCUGCGCCUCCGCUGCGGCCGGUCACCCACCUGCUCUUUGACAUGGACGGCCUCCUUCUGGAUACGGAGCGACUCUAUUCAGUGAUAUUCCAGGAAAUCUGUGACUGCUAUGGAAAGAAAUAUACGUGGGAUGUGAAAGCUAUGGUUAUGGGUAAAAAGGCGUUGGAUGCAGCCCAGGUUAUUGUAGAAGUCCUGGAUCUUCCAUUAACCAAAGAGGAACUGUUGACAGAAAGCAAAAAGAAACAAGAACAAAUAUUUCCAACAACUACAUUUAUGCCAGGUGUUGAGAAGCUGAUUAAUCAUCUACAUAGACACAGUAUACCUAUUGCUGUUGCUACUAGUUCAGCUGGAUUGUCAUUUGAAUGGAAGACAGGAAGACACAAAGAAUUUUUUAGUUUAUUUAAUCAUCUUGUUCUGGGUGAUGACCCUGAUGUGAAGAGUGGCAAACCGGAGCCUGAUUUGUUUCUAACUUGUGCAAAGAGAUUUUCCCCUGCUCCUCCUGCUGAAAAGUGCCUUGUGUUUGAAGAUGCUCCAAAUGGAGUUGAGGCAGCACUUGCAGCUGGAAUGCAGGUUGUUAUGGUUCCAGAUGAACAAUUAAACCCAGAGCUUACAAGAAAGGCAACCUUGGUGCUGAAAUCACUGGAGGACUUUAAGCCAGAGUUGUUUGGUUUGCCACCAUAUGAUUGAAAGAUAAUUCUAAUGAUGAUAUGUUUUGUAGCAUUAUUCCCCUACUUGUUAUCUUGGAUUUUUUUCCAUUUUAAUGAGGAACUGAUAAGAAAGGCAACAUAUAAUCAAAAAAAAAGUUUGUUAGCCAAUAAUUUAGCCACUCCUUCCCAUCAUAUCAUGUACUGUAAUUUCCAAGUAAUUCAAUGAAUUCAUCCUGCCCUGACCUCUUUGAGGUAGAAUAAACAAUGAAAAUGGCCAAGAUGAAUCAAAAGGCAAUCAUAAUUAACAUCUAAAUAAUCAGGAGUUAACUGCACUAAUCUAAAAAAUACCCUGCUACCUGUGAUUUACGUUUUCCUACCAAAGAGAGAGCAUGUCUAGGCUUACUUAGAAAAUAUUCAGUAAAAUCAAUGAAGAGAAUUUAUUUUAGUAAAUGCCAAAUUACUAU